AACAAGCGGCAAAAAAUAGAAAUCCGCGUCGCCUAUCUCUUUCCUAGUUAUUUAAUUUCUAGUUGUUUUACUAUUUCUCCGCAUUGUCCACUCCAAUUUUAUCCAUUCUAUCCCGCCGCCGGCUUGAGGAUGAAGUGCUCUGUCCCCGGGUGCAUCACAAACGAUGACAUCGUCAGCUGCACCUCGGUGUUCUUCGUCAACUUUCCUAAAACCAGAUCAGUGCAGCAGCAAUGGUAUACUGUAUUGGACGUUACGAGUCAAGAGGAAAAGGAAGGCUUCAAGACGGGCCGUUUUAAAAUCUGUUCCACACACUUUCCUGAGGAAUGCUUCGCCACUCAUCCGCAGUACGGAUAUCGAUUCCUGCAGCAUAACGCCAUUCCGUCAGUGUUCCCCGUAGAUGCUCACCCGUGUUCAGGAGCAGACGACCAUCAUGAGCAAGAUGAAUUAGAUGGUUCCCAGUAUGACGAACAGGAACAACGGAAUGAUGAGGAGGGCGAAGAGAUUCAACUCGUAGCUCAGCCAGAGGACGAAGCGGAUAAUACUGUCGGUGACGAAGCAGCGGAAGAAUUCGGCAUACAGUACGCUAAUGGCAAGUACUUUAUACUGAAGAUGGUAGACCAGCCAUCGGGUCAGCAGGAUGCUCCGAGUCUUGAGGAAGUACCGAACGAACAUGACGGAGAAGAAGAAAUAGAAGAAGAAGAAGAAGAAGAAGAAGAAGAAGGUGCGCUACUCGAUGAGUUUUCGGAGGGUAAUGCACACAUCAUCGAAGAUCCAACACCUGAACAAUGCACCACGCUGGAGGUGUACGGGGAGGAUGGAUUGAUCGACGAACGAGAAGAUAAUCAGUUAGAGGAAUGCAUCGAGGAUCGAGAGUCCAAGCAACUGGCCACAAUAGAAUGCACAAAGGUGCGGAAUUCUCAACGAGACACCGUCAAGGGCGAAUCAGAGCAAGCUGGUGAUGAGCAGCAAGAGAAUAUAAUAAUCCUAGAGCAAGAGGAACAGACAGGCAGGACUAAUAUUAGUAAUGAAGAGUUCGAAGUAGAUACGAAUGCAUACGGAACUAUCGAGGCUCUGGAUGAAAUGUCCGUGUACGGUGAUCAAGUAAGGGUGAGCCAGAGAAACCACAAGAAUCGCCCCUUUACUGAAUUUUGUGAGUAUUGCAAGAAAGGAUUCCAUUUCAAAAGUGCCCGCAAACGUCACGAGGUGGUUCACACACGCGCUAAGCCGUUCACCUGUGAGAUCUGUAAUCGAAGCUUUAGUCAAAAGGUGAACCUAGCAUGCCACAUGCAGACCCACUCGGGUAAGCGGCGCAUUAAACCCCACGCCUGUGGGCAAUGUGAUGCGUCUUUUGACCGAGUGAGCGGACUGAUCGUACAUCAGCGAAUACACGAGCGGCAAUCACCUUAUGAGUGUCCGAUUUGCUACGAGGUAAAGACUUGUUCGACCACCUUCUACGAUCAUCUGAAGAAGAGUCACAAGGACCAGAUCACGCUAAAGGAGUGUCUCGAACUGAUGGCUCACACUGGUACUGCGCUGGUAUUCGACGAGUCGGAAGACCCAAAGCCACUCGAUGAGAUGAUGCGCCCGGACGGUCGCUACCAGUGUACGGCAUGUGAGAAAGUCUACACUACCAAGCGCCGGUUUAACAAGCAUAUGCGCACUAUGCACCCAAAGAUUUUCAUGUGUCCCCACUGUUACCAAAAAUUUCCGUACAAAAGCUUAUUGCAAAAGCACAUAACGGUACACACGAAGGAGCAUCCCUAUCCAUGCUCGCACUGUGAUGCCAAAUACACGCAGAAAUCGAACCUGGUGAGCCAUAUGAUUCGACAUCACCCGGACAGGUUACAGCCGGAGAUGCUGAAGCGAAGAACCACAAAUACUUGCACAAAGUGUCACACGACGAGUGUCCGUGCCGAUUUUCUACACCGCCACCGAUGCGUCAUUCAGCCUGCGCGCAAGCGAAAGCAAUCCUUUACGGAGCCAGCUACGAACAAAAGGUACGGCGAAAGAGCACAUGGGAAAAUAGGCGUCAAAAGUGCCCUGAAAGAGGAACGAUUCCACAGCCCUACCUUCCAAUGUGGGACUUGCAACAAAACAUGGCGUUCGAGUCUUUCCCUAAGAAAUCAUCGUUGUCGAGGAGCGGCCGCGCUGGAGGACCAAGGAAUGGAAAAUGAACAGGACAUUCCAAGUGCCAGUGAUGGAAUUAAGGAUCAGUACGAUGAUGAGCAGUUUAUGGAAGAGGAUUUCAAUGAGAUUGGAGUGAUGGUGGUUGACGGAUAUACAUUGGACAGCACAGAGCCAACAACUAUGGUUUUUCUCGCUGAAGAAUCCAGCUCAAGUCAAUGACACAAACAUGCGAUUUGUGAAUUGUUCGUCUGCACUUUCUGUUGAGGAAAUAAUGUGUUGAGAUUAAAGUAAAAUAUACUGCAGCACAUCCAUCCAUAACAACAUCUAGUC